CCCACCCCUCCGGCCGAGGGCCCGCCGCGGGGGGUGCCGGGAAGCGGCUCCGACCCGGAAGUGACUUUCCCCGUAGGGUCGCUGGAUCAUGGCCCCCGGAGAAGCCACGGUGACAGUGCGCCUGGUCCGCUCCUUCGAGCACCGCAACUUCAAGCCGGUGGUCUAUCACGGCGUCCGCCUCGAUCAGACGGUGAAGGAAUUCAUCGUCUUCCUGAAGAGAGACGUCGCUUUGAGACCGGGCCUCCCGCCUCCAUUCCGGCGUUAUAAAUACGACACGAUGAAGAUCGUCCAUCAGGCCCAUAGAGCGAAGACCAACGAGCUGGUGCUGAGCCUGGACGACGAUGACCGGCUGGUGCUGAGCGAGGACAGCACGCUGGAGGCGGCCGGAGUGGCCCACGAAACCGAAAUAGCAUUCUUCCGUGACGAAGAUUACAAGAACUACAAAGCUAAUCCCGUUUCAUCGUGGUGAAGAUUCCCAGGCUCGCCUCCCUCCGAACCCCGAGCUGCGCCUUCCCCUCUCCCCUCGGCCCGUCCGAACGGCGGCCCGCGGCCCGAUCCUCCGGGCAAGUACCCGAUGGGCGUCCGCCGGCCCCGGCCCCGAAGAAGACGCCGUCCACGUCGAAGUCCUCCCGCCGGCCUCCGGAGCCCAAGAUCGGUCCGGCCUUCCUCUAGGCCUCCGGUGACCGUGACGGAGCCCAAACUUGUUUGGGGGCCUCUGCUGACCGUUGGCGAGUCCAUCUUUGGUCCGGGCUUCCCCUAGACCUUUGUGGACCAUUGCCGAACUUCUUCUAGAUCUCCGUUGACCAUCGUCGAGCCCAGGGUUGUUCCAGGCCGCUCCCCGGGCCUCCGUUGACCUCUGAAGAGCUCGACCUUGGUCCGGGCUUCUGCCGGACCCCUGCUGACCGCUGCUGAGCCCGUGUUUUGUCCGGGCUUCCGCUAAUCCUUAUCCCCCUGCAGAGCCCAGAAAGGCCCCGCUUGCAGAACCUCGGCACGAGGGGGAACCGUCCCCCAGCCGGCGGCGGCAGAGAGAAGGGAUGGCCCAGUCCGGCCUCACUCGAACCGGGGACCGGGGGACGGACUACGACGGGCGGAGCGGCUCCGAGGAAUCUCGGCGGCUGAAGCGAUCAGACCGGGCGAUCGAUCCGUGGUAUUUAUCGAGUACUUACAGGGUGCAGGAUAGGGUACUGAGCGCUGUAUUCUUCCAAGAGCUCAGUACAGUGGCCUGCACACAGUAAGCAAUCAAUAAAUAUCAUAGAUUGAUUGGGAGAGGGCGAUAGAGCGAGUAAAUAAGAUCCCUGCCCUCAAGGAGCUGAGGCUCUACUGUGUGCAGAGCACUGGGGAGAGGACAAUAGGCAGUAGACAAGGUCCCUGCCAUCAAGGAGCCGACAGUGUGCAGAGCACUGUGCCGAGCGCUGGGGAGAGGACAGUAGAGCGAGCAGACGUGACCCCCGCUGCCCUCGGAAAACCUCGUGACUGCCGUGUGCGGAGCACUGUGCCGGACGCUUGGGAGAGGGCAAUAGAGCGAGUAGACAAGCUCCCUGUCCUCGGGGAGCUGAGGGUCCACUGCUGUGUGCGGAGCACUGUGCCGAGCGCUGGGGAGAGCCCUGCCCUCAAGGAGUUUCCAGUCCACCCGGUGUCGGGGACGUCGGCGCCGUGACGGGAGCCCGGACUCGGACGGGCCGAUUCGGGAACCUCUCGGGGCCUCCCGCCUGGAAAACUCUCGCCGGGAAUCCCGGGGCCGCGGGCUGGUGGGUGGGACGCGGUGCCCGGUGGGAGACGUAACCGAAAUCCUGUCGGGAAGAAAUAAAGAGCUGCGUUGGGUCGCAUUUAUCGA